AUUAAAAUGAAAACAAUAUUGACUCAAGCAAAUAACAACAGAGAAACCAGAAGAAAUGAAAGCAGAGAGAGAGAGAUCAAAUGAAAUGAUGGAGAGGUGGUGAAUGAUUUUGAUGCCACCAAACACAUGUCCUUUGGAUCCAACAGAACAAUUAUUUUCUCCCUUCAACUUUCUCUCUUUCUCCUCAUUCUUUCAUUCACCCUCCUUAUCCUUCUUUUUUUCUUUCCUAACAACACUUCAAGAGAGAGAGAGAAGACAAGAAAAAAGUGUUGUAGUCUUGCUUUAGUAACUUGCAUCAAUGGGAGCUGGUUGUUCUAAAUUGUGUCUAUGCUGGUGCCCCUCCAACUCCAAACCCAAUCUUCAUGACUUACCUGAUAAUGAGAAUGAGAAGGAGGAGUCUUGGGUUGGCUUCACCGAGUUCACCUUGGAUCAACUGAGAAGUGCCACAUCGUCAUUUUCACCCGACAACAUAGUCUCGGAACACGGUGAGAAGGCUCCCAAUGUUGUCUACAAAGGAAGGACUGAAGAUGAUAGGUUGGUUGCUGUGAAGCGCUUCAACAAGUCUGCUUGGCCUGAUCCUCGACAGUUCCUAGAGGAAGCAAGGGCAGUGGGGCAGCUGAGGAAUGAGCGGUUGGCUAACUUGGUUGGUUGUUGCUGUGAAGGGGAAGAGAGAUUGCUUGUUGCUGAGUUUAUGCCAAAUGAAACUCUCUCCAAACAUCUCUUUCACUGUGAGUUUACACACACCGUCAUGCAUUUCUUCAACUGGGGAGAGCCAGCCAAUGAAAUGGGCAAUGAGGCUGAGAGUGGCCUUGUAUUUAGCACAAGCAUUGGAGUACUGCAGCAGUAAAGGAAGGGCAUUGUAUCAUGAUCUUAAUGCUUAUCGAGUUUUGUUUGAUCAGGAUGGAAACCCUAGGCUCUCUUGUUUUGGACUCAUGAAAAACAGCAGAGAUGGCAGAAGCUAUAGUACAAAUUUAGCUUUCACCCCACCUGAGUAUUUGAGGACAGGAAGAAUCACCCGAGAAAGUGUAAUAUACAGUUUUGGCACACUCUUGCUUGAUCUUCUGAGUGGCAAGCAUAUUCCACCCAGUCAUGCACUUGACCUAAUACGUGGCAAAAACUUUCUGAUGCUGGUGGACUCAUGUUUGGAAGGUCAUAUUUCAAAUGAUGAUGGAACUGAGAUAGUGAGAUUAGCUUCACGCUGUUUACAGUAUGAACCUCGUGAGAGGCCAAACGCCAAGUCGCUUGUGACUGCUCUAGCUCCUCUUCAGAAAGAAACUUCAGUUCCAUCACAAGUUUUGUUGGGCAUACCAGAUGAGAUUACCCCAUCAAAGGAAGCAGUUCCACUGACACCUUUUGGUGAAGCUUGUUCUAGAAGAGAUCUCACUUCAAUAUAUGAAAUUUUGGAAACGGUGGGGUACAAGGAUGAUGAAGAUGUAGCAAAUGAGCUUUCGUUCCAAGUGUGGACAGACCAAAUACAAGAAACACUAAAUUCUAAGAAGCAAGGAGAUUCUGCUUUCCAUGCCAGAGACUUCUCUAAGGCCAUUGAGUGCUAUACACAAUUCAUCGAUGGCGGAACGAUGGUAUCACCAACUGUGUAUGCAAGGCGCUGCUUUUGUUACCUUAUGAUCAACAUGGUACAAGAAGCACUGGGAGAUGCCAUGCAAGCUCAAUCAGUAUCCCCCACAUGGCCAAUUGCAUUCUAUCUUCAAGCAGUGGCCCUCUUCAGCCUCGGGAUGGACCAUGAUGCAGAGGAAAGUCUUAAAGAUGCAACAACUCUGGAAACCAGAAAACAUAGAAACUGAAGUGUACAUAGCUUUUUGUUUUCUUUCUUCCCUUUCUUUUGGUUCCCUUUCAUUUCUCAAGGAAAUGUUACAAGCAUUAGCUGUAUGUAUCUUUGUCUGUCCAUUAUUUCCUUCAACAGUUUUGAAACUCUUAUUGUCUAUGCCUUCUAGGAUUUUAUUUUCCUAAAAAAAAGCUGUGAAAUUGCCCUAGUUCGUAUAAAAAUAUUAUAUACAAUAACUUAAACAUUCAAUA